AUGAAAGGAAAGGUAGGAUUACCAAGGAAUUACUUUGUGUUGAACACAGGAGAUAAAAUUCCAGCCAUUGGACUUGGGACAUGGCGGAGUGGUGGAGACCUUUGUGUUCAAGCUGUGAAAACAGCAUUAUCAGUAGGUUACCCACAUAUAGAUUGUGCACAUCUUUAUGGUAAUGAGGUUGAAGUUGGUGAGGCAUUAGCUGGAGCAUUUAAGGGUUCACUGAAGAGGGAAGAUGUUGAAAGAAACAGAAGAAGCAGAGAAAGGGAUGAGGAUGAGAUCUGUAGUCUUGAUUUGCUUGGAGCCAAAGGUCCUCGGUUUGGACGAAAGCCCAAACCUCACUUGGCCGAACGAGCACGACACUUGGCAGUUAUGAGGUUGAUAGGACGACUGGCCUUGUCUUGA